AUGUCCGAGGAAGAAAAAAUUGAUAUUGAGCAAGAAUUGCUAGAUCUUCUGGAAAAAGUUCAACCAAAUUUACAAGAUGUUAUUAAAAGGAGUUUUACCAAUGUUGUAUUGCAGCAAACUAAAAAUGGUGAGCAAAUUAAGCCUGAUGUGCUGGAAGAUACAUCAUACUUUUCUAAAAACACCCAAGUUAACCUUUCAAGACUGGAACUACUAAGAUCACCAACAUUCCACCUUCAAAACUUAUCGCUGGAUUUGAAAUCAAUGGCCCUGAACCUAAGAUGCUCACUCGGAGAAGUCAGUGUGAAGGGCCUGUAUAGUGCAUUUAAUGAAAAUCUUUACAAUUUAAUUCCAGUUAUGUCAGAGGGCCAUGUCCUAAUAUCAUUGUCCAAUAUGACGGCAGACGUUAAUGUCGGUCUAGUGAUGGAAGAUGAUGCUUUUUCAUUUAUUAAUCCUGGAAUUGAUUUUGUUCAUGAUGAAGUCAUAGUAAAGUUGUCAUGGCCAUCACCACAAAGAAAUGGUGGAUAUGAGUUCACUACUACCGAGCAAUUAGCGAAACACAUAGAUGAUCUCCCUCUAACUGCUGCAAUAUCUCUGCCUCUUUAUGCACAGUUGAGGCAAAAGUUACAAAGGCACCUCUCACACGUGCUAAAACAAGCAACCAGCGUUUCAGAAGUGGUGUAUUCGAACCCUAGUCUACUGGAGGUAUACAGUGCGAUGGUGGCGGAUUUGGCGCGAAACGGCAACAGAGUGGUCGAUAUGGUGCUUAUCAACAUGCGUAGAACUCUGCUGCAGACCUGUCGCGAAGUGUUGGAACUGCCCCCAUUGCAUGCCACGUUCAUGCAUAAGAUCGGAUCAAUAUCUUUUGUGGGCAAAUUCGAAACGGAUACCGGCUGGGUGAAGAACUUGGCAACAAUAAACAGAAUCAAUGAUGUCAGCAUAACAAAGUCGGAACCUAUGAAGACGAGCUUUAGCGUUACUCUGAAGAUAAAAGACCUACAGAUCGGCUACGACGAGUACAGAAUGCGGGCGAUGGGAGUAUCGUGCGCUGGCCGUUUGGCGGCCGCGUUUGCAGACUGCGCUCUGCACCUGGCGCUCACCGUGGGCCUUCUGCACUGGGAGCCCUUCGCGCAGCUAGACGACCUACGCCUGCAUCACAUGCAGUCGAUGGACAUGCACGUCACCGGGCUGGGCCCGCUGAGCGGCGCCGCGCCGUCGGUGGCCGCGUGGGCGAGGGGCGCCGGCGUGGCCCACGCCGCGCCCGCUCUCUCCGCCCAGCUAGCGCACGAGCUGCACACCGCACUCGCCGAGCUGCCCCUAUGGGACCUGCUGCACGGCAAGCAC